CCGGGUGGAUUACAAACGAGGGGUUUCACAGAAGGCGAAGCUUUUGGAGGCAACCAAGGGAAGGGACCUCUCUGGUGCAAAGAUGACCAAUACCAAUACGUCCCUGUGGAGCUAUGUCUCCACCAUGUCUCCAGAGCGGUUCAAUGGCUUGUAUGAAGAAUUUCCUCAUACUCUACGUUGCCUCCUAGGGGAGUGGCUGGAAACUGAGCCAUGGGAAUUCAUCAACAAAUCAGACUCUUUCUGUACUCUUCUGGCUGGAAGGUUGCUGUCUGCCAUGGUGGAGAAGAUACAAGAUCUCGCCAACAAGAAUUGCAAUUCUGCUGCUCAGAUUCUUCAGUUUGUUGCUAACAUUGAGAGCAGAUAUCAGAAAGAUCCACUGCAGCUGGCGACUGUUAUAAAAAGGAUCUUAGAAGCAGAGCAAACAGCAGUUCAACAGCAGCAUCAACACAUUCCCCUUGUAAUUGAACGUCAACGGGAAGAACUGAAGUUUAGAUUCAGCCUACAGAAGCUGCAAUACAGACUUCAGGAGAUUCGGAAUCUCCAGGAAAGCUUACAGCAGAUGAAGGGCAACACCAGAGCUCCUCUGCAGCAAAACUCACAGGACUGUCAAUUUCCAAUGCAAGAGAACCUGCAAGCAAGUUCUCUUCAAAGCCUUCAAAGACUGUUCAUGAAGAUAGACAGUGAGUUAGAAGAGGCCAAGAAGAAUGUCCUGGUGAGACUUCUGAUUUGGAAGAGACAGCAGCAAUGGGCUGGGAAUGGAAGUCCAUUUGACGAGGACUUGUCCCCACUGCAGAUGAGGUUGGAAUGUCUAGUAGAUAUUUGCUUCCAGUUCCGCCAGCAGUUGGUUGCCUCUGGAAUUGAGCUUCAACCUCAUAUUCGAGAACAUCUUGAUGAUACAUUCAACAGUCUUAUCCAAAACUCCUUUUUGGUGGAAAAACAGCCCCCGCAAGUUCUAAAGACCCAGACCAAAUUUCAAGCCAGUGUGCGCUUCCUGCUGGGACCUCAUUUACUCAAGCAUCCACCAACCUCAUUUCUGGUCACGGCUGAUAUUGUGACCGAGAAACAGGCCCGGGAAUUGACUGCCAACCGUUCUGCCUCUGUCUUCAGUGAAAGCACCGGAGAGAUCGUAAACAACACGGCAUCACUGGAUAUAAACGCCUCCAGCAAUUCUUGUAGCGCUCACUUCAAAAAUUUGCUUCUCAAAAAGAUCAAGCGUUGUGACCGCAAGAGCACAGAAUCUGUAACGGAAGAGAAAUGUGCUGUCCUCUUCAGUGCCAACAUUUGCCUGGGGCCCAACAAAACCAAAUUCCACUUACAGGUUCUGUCGCUGCCCGUUGUGGUGAUUGUCCAUGGAAAUCAAGACAACAAUGCCAAAGCUACCAUCUUAUGGGACAAUGCUUUUGCUGCUCCUGAUCGCGUUCCCUUUGUGGUGGCUGAGCGUGUUAGCUGGAAGGCAAUGUGUGAGACUCUCAACCAGAAGUUCCUUGCUGAGGUGCAGACCACGAAAGGUCUACUCAAGGAGCAUUAUUUCUUCUUGGCCCAGAAGAUCUUUGGUGACAACCUCACCAGCCUAGAGGAAUUCCAGAGAUGUCAUGUGUCUUGGUCCCAGUUCAAUAAGGAGAUGCUUCCUGGUAGAGGAUUUACAUUUUGGCAGUGGUUUGAAGGCAUUCUUGACCUCACCAAGAAAUACCUGAAGAACUACUGGUCUGACAGACUGAUAAUGGGCUUUGUCAGCAAGCAAUAUGUUUUCAGUUGCCUGAGCAAUGCACCAGCUGGGACUUUUCUGCUACGUUUCAGUGACUCCGAGAUUGGUGGCAUCAGCAUUGCCUACGUCACCUACCUCCAAGAUGGUUCCACUCAGGUGGAGAACAUCCAGCCGUUCACGGCAAAGCAAUUGUCCAUUCGUUCAUUGGCUGACUGUGUUCUGGAUCUCCCACAGCUCCAUAUGCUUUAUCCUAACAGGCCCAAACAUGAGGCUUUCAGGAGGGACUACAACACAGAGACACGAAAGAACACCAGCAGUUACGUCCCAGCCAGAUUAACGAUAACUGUAGACACACCCUGCACAUUCCCGACGUCAAUUCAGAAUCCAGUUGACUCUGUGGGCAGUUCUAAUGUGAAUCUUGCAGUCCAUUCUGAUUCAACCUAUCAUGACCAGCCAGUGAUGGUUCCAUCAUCUAUAGGGACAUCUCUAGCCAGCAGCACAACGUAUGGAAGCUCACAGUUACCACUUGAAUUAAUGACUUGCUCAUACCCUUUGGAAGAUGCUUCACCCCUUGGUCCAGUGGAUUCAUACCCCAUGUGCCAGGACAUAGAGAUGCCAGACCUCUGUAUGUCCAAUGAGGACACCAUAACAUACCCAGGGAAUCAUCAGCUCCAUGUGCUGGAAGACCCAUUAAGGGUGUCUGAGACCAUUUCGCCACCUUCCAUUGAAGAAUUUGAAAAGCUUCUGCAUCCAGACCAAGACAUGCUUCACUUUUGUCAGAAUCCAGUGUGACCAAUUUUUAUGUGCUUGUCAUCUUUCUAAUAUUGGAGAUACUUUAAUGGACCUUUUAUGUACUUAUUCCUACCAAGCCUGGACAUAAACAGUGAUGGCUGAUAACCCUUGGCCCAUCUGCAUAUCUACUUCAUCCAGUUAGAUCCUUGCAAGCUCUUUUGAAUCAAAACCAGUUUCAGUUGUGGGCUAAGUCAGGCACAUGCCAUGAUACAGCUCUGUUGGGGACACUCCAUCCUUGUUAUCAGCUCAGCUGAUGGAAGAGAGGGGCUCCCACUCACGUCUCCUUUGCUGUUGACAGAAGUGUCUGGGGGGAGGGGACAGACAUGGUGCACUAGUGCCUCUGUGUGAUUUACUGCUUAUCUGUGUUACCUCUGGAUUGCAAGGAAGAGUUGGUUUUUCAGUUACAAUAGACUGACUUUUAAUACCAGCAGCCAAGGCUGAAGAUAUUUCAUCAGAAACUUCAGGAAAAAAAAUUGUUCAAUCAGUUUAGGCAGAAUCUUGGUUGGGCUGCUGAUUCUUUCAUAUAUUCACAUGGAACACUUGGGCAUAUGAAAAUAUUCCAAUUGAGUCUUCUCCAUUAUUUUUCAUUUCUAGUUUGGAAGAGGAGACACUAUAGUUCCUCUCAGAAUUUAAAGAUCCAGAGCCCGUCUCCAUAUUAAACAGAAUUGUUAGGUAGAGUGAAGUGACUACCUCAGGCCAAAACAAGGUGAUGAGCAAUGGUGGGGAGGUAUAGAGUGUCACAUGGCCUGCCUUGCACAUUAGCCAAGCUAACCUACUGCCUUAGUUAUGGUGGUGGAUUCAAUCUUCUCACCAAGUUUUUGUCAAUAGGUUGUGGGUGGAGGUAGGAUUCAAUUUUCACAUGCAAGAUGUUGGAGGCUAGCUGCAACAUGUUCUGGGCCAGCUUUGUAAAUUUGCAGUUCCUCUAAGUUAGGUGGAGCCUAGAUUCUCUACCACCUUUUUUCUGAUUCAGAGUGAAUGUUGGGCUGUUGAGAUGUGGACUGGAACACUUGAACCAUUUUUCCUGGGUGGAAUAAUGUAAAAUUCAGAUUUCCCCUAUAUCAUCAGCUGGCACAGCCCAACCUUUUCUACUAGAUUUCCUAUUGUACAGACUAUUCUCAUUUGCCAAGUUCUGGUAAAAGGUGCAAUUUAAAAUAACCCAUAAAAUAAGACUUUAUUCCAAAAUAACAAAAUAAAUAAUCUACUGUACACAUUACAAAGGAACGGAUGCUAGUUUUCCUAUAAAGACACAAAGGCUGUAGGGUAGGAGGUGGGGACUUGACCUAAUAGCAGUUGAGUAUUAAUGUUACCUUAACAGGAGUUCAAUGUUUACCUGGACAAUGUGUGUUUUGCAAGUGUUUAUUCCAGCAAAUGUUGCCUUCAGAGUGCUUUGACAACAAUAUUGAGUUAAUAUUGUUCCAUCUAUCUCAUACUGUGGUUAUGCCAUAAUUAUGAUGAGUAAAGGAGAAUGAAGGAAUCUAUUUUUCUCAGGGAAAGUACAAUCCCUGUAGGGGAAACUGCUUCCUCUCCUGUCCCAGAGCCAGACAAAGGUACAAUUCCCUUCCUUUUCUCAAUUUCAGCAUCUCCCCUAUCCCCCAUUCACUUUGGUAGGAAGAGGACUAUGCUGUUGAGAAAGCCUUGAGUUAGGAAAUGCUCUUCUCUUCCCAACAAAUAACAGAAUAGUUGUAAAGUUAAUGUUCCCUUAGAGCAGCAAAUUGAAUUACAAUUUAACCCUGUUGCAUGUGUAUUUAUUAAGGGCACCGUAUCCAACUUGUUCCGCUCAAGAGAUGAUAAUUCCAAAAAUAUCUCUGCUGAUUCCCAUUCAAAAAUCUCAGCAAACACAGCAGUUACUAUACACCAAACCGUUGGUGGUCCCAGUAGACUUACAAAUUUACAUUUCUAAAAUACUCAGCCUGGGCUUUUCAAUCUGUACAGUUUUUCAUUAGCUGAUUUUUCUUGUCUGCAUGCAACUGCUUCAAAAUGGAAGAUCCAUACAGGAUCUUCUUUUCUGCACACAGAGAAGCAGAGCUGCUGCUUGAUCAACCAUCUACGAUGCCAUCUUUGCUGUUCAUUCCUCUUCCUGCUUACAGUGGUAGGGAAGAAAAGUAUAAGCUCCAAGAAUAUGAGUGGGAAGCCUUAGGAAAGGAGUAGGGAGCACUGAGAGAGAAUGAGGUUCCAACCUGGCUCUCAGCAAGUCCUCCUUUCUUGGGUCCUUUAUAAAUUCAUACUGUUGUGGUAGAAAAGAAAUGCCAGGCAAAAGGAUUCUGAAAUCAAUUCACCUUCCUGCAUCUAUGCUUUCAAUAUGUUACAAAAAUUAAAGCUGCUGCUGGAUGUGAAAGCUGGGAUGCAGCUGGAUGUGAAAGCAGUCGUCACUAGUGUGUGCCCGUAUCCAAAUGGCAGCAGCUCAAUCAUUACUUUUAAUGCGGUAAAUUUCUAGCCUCUCUAGAGCCAUCUAGGAAACAAAGUACUUCCAAGCAUUCCAAACUGGGCUGAGCAGCAAUUAGCGCUUCGGAUGAUUAACCACGAUAUAAAGUCAACAGGCAAGAGAGGUAAUGAGGAUACUUUCAGCAGUGUAUACAAGUUAAAAACCAGGAAAAGAGAAGUUUGGGGAUGGGCAGAAUGUGUGGCACCAGAGCAAAGAUGCCCCAAUUCUUUUGGGCUGAGGACCGUCCUUGGGCUUAGAGUGACUACUGGGGCCACAUUCCAGUAAGGGGGGGGGAGGAACAAAAACUAAAUUUAGUUCAAUUUACAUAUUUUGAAUUACACUGAAGAGCAAUUUGAAUUAAAUCAAAUUUUUUUGUUAUACAGUUAGCAUGGUAACCUUCUAUGUCUUUGAUACAUUUUCCCCUUCUGUCACAUCAAGAAUUAUCAUUUCUAUGGCAAUUUGCAAAAGGGUUUGCAGGGGGUGUGUGCUACAAACAGUCCUGGGGAUUCAGGUUCUGCACAUACAGAGAGCACCUGUGACAAAGACAGAAGGGCAGCGACAAACGUGUUUUGGGUGUAUGCGUGUGUGAGUGUGGUUGAAAGUAAUGGGGGUACGGGGACGAUUUGGGAACAAGAUGUAUGUUUAUGGCCAAUCAAUUAAAUGCCUUUCAAUAAAAUAUGUACAGGAUAUUUAUGUGCUUUUUUAUGGCUGUAUACCCCUCAGUUUCAAGUCUCACAUGGGAGGAAAGGCUGUGGGUAAGAUUGACCUUCCAUUAGUCCCAUCAGAGGGCCAGAGAUUUGGUCUACCUGAGCUCAUGCUAUCAACUGUAGCCAGGGCACUCCUUCUUGCUGAGUUAAAUUAAGAUGGCAGGCUUCCUAUAAGAUUCACUAUUUGUAGGUCCAUGCUCUUCUGUUUGUGAACCAAGCAUGCUCUCCAUUUCAAGAAGAGAACAGGAUAAAGGAGUUGGUUGUGCUAAUAUGACAGCUCGCCUUCUGCAAGAAAGCCCCACAGGCGUCCUGGGGGUGAUGGAGAGGACAGCCUCCCUCUUCCUGGCAGAGGUCUGUCUAAUGCUCA